GUUCUGCUGAAGGGAUGAGGAGGGCAGCAGUAGAUUCAAGAACAACAGACCUAGAUGCUGAUGAGAGAAGAGCGGCACGAAAAGCGACGCAUUUGUCAGAGAAUGUUACGGCAAGAAAAUGGUUUCCAGUCAUUAACCCAGAGGGAAGGCGUCAUUGUCUCAUUGGCUACGUUCUUGUUUUUGACUUGAAGUAAUUACUGCAGCUAAUGCUGCAGAUCCUGACGUUACAAUGCCAGCGGGGCUGAAUGCGCAAGGCAGCGGUAUACCUAUGUCUGAUGCGAUGGGAUCAUUUAAGAGGAGGAAAAGAAAGUCCAUCAUAGUAACAGUGAUGCUCCUAAUUGUCUCCAUACUCAUCCUGGUCUUUGGUCUGGCCGCUACCACCAGGACACAAAACAUCACUGUUGGUGGCUACUAUCCAGGAGUCAUUCUCGGCUUCGGGUCCUUUCUGGGAAUCAUUGGUGCCCAUUUGAUCGAGAAUAAGAGGCAGAUGCUGGUGGCCUCCAUUGUCUUCAUCAGCUUCGGUGUGGUGGCAGCCUUCUGUUGUGCUAUAGUGGAUGGCGUUUUUGCUGCAAGACAUAUAGACCUCAGACCUGUAUAUGCUGGCCGAUGUGAAUAUUACUCCAGUGGGACUGCGUUUGAUUUAGAUGUCCACUGUCAAACUGCAUCUCGGGUCUCCUGUAACCUGCGUGUGAAGAGCAACACCUGCUACUGCUGCGACCUUUACAACUGUGGCAAGUAUGUGUGUGUGACCGAGUCCAAUUUGGAUACAUCCCUCCUAGAAAAUUUUCUCCCAACAAGCGGGUUUAUUAAAAAACAACAACUGCUUUGUUUUACUUGGUUAAGUUCUGGUUUAUAUUUGCUUGUAUGGUGUGUGCUUCUAUCCCUGAUAUUCAGCUCUGUUCGAAAGAACAUUUGUGUUUAUUUAUGUUUCAGAGAGCAUCCUCUUAUGGGACUUCAGAAUAAAGAUGUUUUGAAAAAAUUUAGGAAAUCCUCCAUGAUUUGGAAUCGAGUGGAACUGCGAGGAGGGUACCAUGAGUACACAGAGGUGCGGAGCUGCCAGGAUGUUGUGCACCUUUACCACCUGCUGUGGUCUGCUACUAUCCUCAACAUCGUAGCUCUGUUUCUGGGCAUCAUCACCGCCGCAGUGCUGGGUGGCUUCAAGGAUAUGAUGCCAACAGCAGCCCCAGAUUCCUGUGAGCCAGAACCUCUCCCUAUUCCUCCACCCCGAGAGAAUCCUGGCCCCACCACAUCCAUCAACUCUUUUUACAACACUGCCCCCCGCUUACCUCCAUACACUGCCUAUGACCUUCAGGGUGCCAGCUUGUUUCCUGACUCUUCAGGUCUGUCUGAUGAUUCCCAGUCUGGAGCCAGUCACAUAUGGCCAAAUAUGAUCCCACCUCGUUAUUCUCCUCCUUAUUACCCACCUGAUGAGAAGCCCCCGCCAUACAGCCCCUAAGGGACCAGUCUGAGGAAGACUUUUUUCCUGCCAUGAGAGAACUGGCAUUGGGUAUUUUUGGAUAUUAGUGUACCACCUCAUUGAACAAUAAUUGUUCUGAAUGAACAACCUUUGCAGAAGAGGCUCACCUGUGCGGCAGGUUAAGUAUAGAGAGACUACAGCGUUAACCACAGGCAUUCAGCACCAAACAGCAAAAGUAAUAUGCAACAUCAAACCCAUACCAGAUUUGCUCAAGUCAACAAACCUGAUGUGUAAAAUAUUCAUGUUAUAUAGCCUCAAUCCAGGAGGACUAUAACAACUAGCCUGACUAUGAGAUCAAGACUGUUCACAGAUAAGCCUUAAAAUGUGUGUCCACUUCCGGUACAGCUUCACCUGGUUCGCAGCCUCUUAAUCUUAUAGAUAACCUCUGUGGGUCUCCUACAUGUGAUUCCUCUGAGUAAGUCCAUAAUGUGAACUCCUCCCUUCCAAAGUGUCCCAAGGUGUUUUGCCUCGCCUCUGCUCCCUCAGCACGAGGACGAGUCUCGUAUCUUAUCUUGCAAUUGAUUUGCACUCUAUUGUCUUCAGAAUUGACACAGUUCUACGUAAUUACUUGAGUUAUUUGUAACUGUUUCGGGCAGCUAGAUUGUAAAGAAAAUAUUUUUAGGCUGAAUCUUACUUUUUUUGUCCUGAGUGCUUCAUUAGGAUCAAAGAUCUAACCUGUAAUAUGUGCUAUUUCUUUUGCAUUACGUCAAGCACACAAUCAUAUCACGAAUUCAAAUAAUAUUUCAUGACAAAAAAUAUCCUUUAAUAAGCUCUUACAAGAAUGGGUGGACUUUCAAAACCUGUACUUCUCACAUUCAUCUGCCACUUUUGUGCUGCCGUCAUUUCGGUCUAGAAAUGACAGGACUUACCAAAUGUAAAAAAGAAGUAACUAUUGUAUAAAUGUACAUGGGUCUAACCUAAAAAAUCUCUCCACAUUGCAAAUAUGAUAUCAGUGUGUGUAUGUGUGUGCAAUGCUGUACAUAAACCGAACAACCGAACCGCCUUCUCGAAAUUGAGUCUUAAGACUAAUAGGGUUCUCCUUUUCAUCCGUUUGUGUUCACUGUGAGUGUCAAUUCAAUACAUUGUACUUUAUGUGCUUGAUUUAUAUCCAUAACUUUGUCCUUUAUUGAAGUGAAUAGAGAUAUUACAACAAACUCAACUAUUUCAUGACUUCCUGGUUGAUGUGUAAGUGCAACUGGUGAUUAUUCUACAGCCACAUGCUAUAAAGUAAGAUCUUUGCCUCGAUUGUUCAUGUUACAUGAAAGCAUCGUUUACCUUUGAUGUUAAAAUCUUAAAAUGUAAGACUGAUAGUUCUUUUUUUUUGCUUCUUAUCACACAUGCAUUUCCAAAUGUGUGACCAUUGAAUCCAUUUUAUCCCGCAUCAUGAGGAACCUGCACAUUACAGAUUAUAAUCAUGAACUAGUGCUUUAUGAUCGUCGAUAAGAUCCACUCUGAUAUAAUAGAGAGGCAGGAAUGCUUUUAUCAGUGACUGGAGGUUAUCAUACUGGAAAAUACUAACCAAUUCCAUGAUGCUCUUAUAAAUAAAAGAAAUACAUGUGUA